AUGGAAGAACCACCGCGCCGGCCUUCUGCGCUUGAACGCAACCAAUUUACUCAGGAUGGCACAAAGGUUCAAGAUGAUGGUCGGAUUGAGAUCGACCUGGACUCCAAAGUGGGUCGGGAAGUGUCAAAAUUGAUACCAUUUCUGCAUACCGAAGAGCAGAUAGAACCACAACCAGAGCCUUCAGGUGAUGCUGGAUGUGGUCUCGAGCUCAACAUCGUCAUCCAAGUUGUUGGUAGUCGAGGCGAUGUUCAGCCGUUUGUCGCACUAGGCAACGAGCUUCAGCGCCAUGGACACCGCGUACGAUUAGCCACGCAUGGUGUGUUUGAAAGCUUCGUGCGGGACUCUGGUCUAGAAUUUUAUUGCAUCGGAGGAGAUCCCUCGGAGUUGAUGGCAUAUAUGGUAAAGAAUCCAGGACUGAUACCACAGAUGAAGUCUGUCAAAGAGGGUGAUAUUCAACGAAAGCGCGUCAUGGUAGGCCAAAUUCUACAGGGAUGCUGGGAAUCCUGCAUUGAAGAUGAUUCCGUGACGAAGACACCCUUUGUCGCCGAUGCUAUUAUCGCGAACCCUCCAAGCUUCGCCCAUAUCCACUGUGCUCAGGCACUUGGCAUCCCUCUACAUAUGAUGUUUACCAUGCCAUGGACUAGCACAAGGUCAUUUCCCCAUCCCUUGGCAAACUUGAAAUACUCAACCACGGAGCCGAAAAUGGCCAAUUACCUUUCGUACGGAAUUGUCGAAUGGCUUACAUGGCAAGGCCUGGGCGAUGUUAUCAAUGACUGGAGAAAAUCCAUCGAUCUAGAGCCCAUAUCAGCGACUGAAGGCCCCCGUUUAGCCGAGACUUUGAAGAUACCCUUCACAUAUUGUUGGUCCCCUACAUUGAUGCCUAAACCCGCGGACUGGCCUGCACAUCUCAACGUCUGUGGCUUUUUCUUUCGCUCUCCUCCAGACUUCACACCACCUCCAGACCUUGAUGCAUUCCUCCAAAGCGGGCCUCCGCCAGUGUAUAUCGGUUUCGGGAGCAUCGUCAUUGAGGAUCCCCCAGCGAUGACUGCCACACUCGUCAACGCAGUUAGGUCCUGGGGCGGCCGUGCGAUCAUAUCCCGUGGGUGGAGUAAUCUCGGUGAAGCACAAUCAGACGAUCAGAUCUUUUAUCUUGGAGACUGUCCGCAUGAAUGGCUGUUCCAGAAAGUCGCUGCAGUUGUACAUCACGGAGGAGCGGGGACUACAGCAUGUGGCUUACGAUUUGGAAGACCCUCUCUUGUUGUACCAUUUUUCGGAGAUCAGCUAUUUUGGGGAAAUAUGGUUGCAUCCCGUGGGAUUGGACCAAUGCCCAUUCCGCACCGGUCUUUGAACGCAGAGAAUCUAGCGGAAGCCAUCCGUUUUUGCCUACAUCCCGAUACCCUAGCAGCAGCUAGUGACCUUGCUCGUCAAAUGAGCGAGGAAGCAGGAGUUUCUGCGGCGGCUGCAUCUUUCCACCGCAACCUACCAGUCGAUAAAAUGAAAUGCCAGUUUAUCGAUUCUGAACCCGCUGCAUGGCAAUUAAAACAAAACUCCAAGUCCCCUGUGAAGUUAUCCAAGAUGGCAGCGGGGAUCUUGCUUGAAAACUCUCGCAUUGAUAUAAAGGAUCUGAAAGCAUACGACAGUAAAUCGAUCUUCAUCCAGACUCGGCGAUGGGACCCCAUCACAGGCGGGACAUCCUCUUUACUCGGCAUGUACAAGGAUAUCCUCACAGCAUCGAGUGACGUCGUCAUUCGGCCCUAUAAGGAGCUUAGCCGCGCACGUCAGCAGAGCGAGCCUGAAUUAGUAGUCAUUGAGUCUACAAAUCCCCAAUCCGAGCGAAGUCCAUCCAGGGGCAUCUCACGUACUUCCGGAAGCAACCUCACAGAUGAAGAGCGGAGGGUUAUGGGCAAGGCAGUGGGGGGAUCCGCCAAAAGCGUGGGUAGGAUCAUAGCCUACUACUACAAAGGCGUUCUGGUAGACAUACCCGGAGCAGUGAAUGAAGGUCUGAGAGCUGUCCCUCGGCUCUAUGGCGAAGAGGUGAAAGAUUACGACAAUAUCCACGACUUUAAAUCCGGGGUGUCUGCAGCUUCAGAUAACUUUGCACAUGGGUUCUCCCAUGGGCUCACCGAUAUCUUCCGACAGCCCUACGAGGGUGCCCAAAAGGAUGGUAUUCGGGGUGCCCUCAAAGGAUUUAUCAAAGGACCUAUUGGAAUGGGAACGAAAGCUGCUUCAGGUGCUUUAGGUUUAGUAGCCUAUCCAGGGCAGGGCCUAGCCAAAAGCUUGCAUUCUGCUAUCCAUUCCAAGACUCGGAAGCGACUUCUCCAAUCGCGAUUGAAAGAGUCUGAAUAUAUGGCCAGACAAUCAGCCAAGGCCCAAUCGAGCUGCCUCUACGUCAUUGAGGCAUUUGAAGCUCAACAGCGGCAGCCUGGGAAUACUCCUAGCUCAACCAAUCUGGAACGCACAAGUUCCUAG